AUGAAUGAGGCAAGUGAACAAAAGCUUCGUCAAUCAAUAAGUGCUUUCAUACCGAUCUCCGAUGACAUAAUGUUGACACCUACUAAAUUAUCGCCCAACAUUGUAAACACUCGGGAGAAACUUCGCUGUUCGGCCACAAAAGCCAAAGAGAUUUUUGAGGACCUCAAAUCCACAAAGUUAGAUUUGAACAAUCAUCCAUCAGAGGAUCAACAAACAGAUAUGGAAAUAGAUCCUAUUAUAGAUCCUCCUACAGAGAAAAAUCCUUCAAUAAUCAAGGAGGCUUCAGACAAUCGACGUAUAAUCAAACCAUGUCUUUUUUGGCCGAUGCCACUCGACCAUCACAAGCACCCCAACCAUCAUCCAAGGAGUAAUUCCCCAUACACAACCAACCUACAACUACCAGAUCUCACCAGAUAUGAUUCUACCGGGCGUCACUUACAACACUUCCAAUACUAUUGGGAACAGAUAGUACCAUUAUAG